AUGGCGAACUACUCGGGGGAUACCGUGCUGUACUACGAAGGUGCAGCAGAGGAAGAUCCAGUUCUUACCUUCGCCUUUCAUGGCUCGAGCCACAAGCUCGUGCUCGACGUAGCAGAGGAGCGCAACCGAACCCGAGCCGGCGCCGACAAAGUUGCGGGUUUCCGGCAGCGCUAUGAGAAAGAGGUCGCGGCAGCCAAGAGCAAGUACUCAGGCAUCGAGCCGGAGUUUAGCGAUGAUGAUAUGAACGCAACCAUUGCGGAAGAGGAUCGCAAGCGUGGCUGGGAGUAUCCGUUGACCAAGACACAGCAGAAGAGAGAGUUUGGGUGCGUCCCUGCUGAUCAGCAGCGCUUUCUGUGGCGGUUGCAGGAUGGCCAUCUGGAUGUGGUGGAGGACUACCUGCACAACCCGAAGAUGCGCAAGGCCAUUGACAUCAACCGGUACGAUGACAUGGGCCUCACGCCCUUGCACCAUGCGGCACGUCUCGGCCACGGGGACAUCGUGCGGGCGCUUAUCGAGGCCAAGGCAGACCCAUUGCUCCGGGACCGUGGCCAGGGUCUCACGGCCUUGGACUUCGCCCAGCGUGGCCGGGACUGGGAUGCAGGGCCCAACGAAGAGGCAAUCAAGGCGCCCGAACGGUUUGAUUCGAGGCGGUCGCUCUGGUGGGAAGACGAAGAGACGGGGGAGGGGAUGUUCGAGUCUGCGAGGUUGAAGUUUUCAGCUUUUCAGCGGUUUGCAGGCUUGCCCUUUGUCAUUUGUUCCCUUCGAGUACAGGCCACCUGCGCGUGCUGCCGGGACAUGGGCGGUGCAGGAGACACCGAACCCGAAUGUGUGGAAGUUCGCGUCCGCUUCUCAGCCACACGGUGCAGCGGGUUUGCCUUGCUCCUCGAUGUCGAUUGCGACUUCGAUAUAUUGCGGUGGGUUUCAAGGGGCUCCUCGCGGGUUCCCCAGCGCGCACGGCACGAGCUGCUCGACCUGCCGGGCGUGCGUGACGUCUUCGUCGGCGAGGGUAGCUCCUGGCUCGCUGUGACGCGCCAGCAUGGAGCUGACUGGCAGCUGCUGUCGGCACAGGUGCAAGACCUCCUCCAACAGCUGCCCGAGGAGGAGCCCGCUGCAGAGCCGAAGGCGUCAGCGGAGUCAGCACCAGGCUCCGAGGUGCAGGCGCUGCUGGAAGAGGUUCUCCAGCACCGCAUCCGGCCCUCGGUGCAAGACGACGGGGGCGACGUUGAGCUCAAGGCCUGGGAUCCUGCCAGCGGUGAGGUGCUGCUGCAGCUCAAGGGGGCUUGUCGUGGGUGUCCGCAGAGCGCCGUGACCCUGCAAGAGAGCAUCCUGAAGACGCUGAAGCACUUCGUGCCCGAAGUUCAAACGGUUCGUGCCAAGGAGGAAGAGCCAGACUCCACGGACCCAUUCGCUGACAUUUCCUGGCUACAUGUGGGGGAGGCUGCUGGCAGCGCAGUGCGAGAGCUCGUUGCCAAGGGCACGCCUAUCUUUUCCACCUUCGCGGGCACCAAGGUUGAGGGCGCAAAACUCCGGCGCAUUAGCUUCAUGUCGGAGAUUGUUCUGGCGGGUCGAACGCCCGAGCAUAUCUUGGUGACGUGCCAGGACUGCAAGGCGAAGCGAACGAUCGAGGAUCCUCAGGACCUGCUUCGAGCUGACAAGGGCAACACCACCGGCAAUGCCGCCGUGGCCAUCUGCCCCACAUGUUGUGUAGUGAUUUCCCUGUAG